ACUCAGACUACUGGUGGGAGCUGCAGCAAAUCAUGUGAGGAAACUUGUCACCAUAGACUGGUCCAGGAAGAGUUGGUGAUAGACAUGGAGAAGUCAACACAUGGGUUCAGUACCAAUACAGAAGAUGUGACUGUUGAUAAGGAAUGCUCAGUUGCCACCCGAUAUGACUGCAGUACGAGGGAAAAGGAAUUACAUGUAUAUAGCUGUAAUUUCUGCCAACAGAGCUUUCCUUCAAAAUACAGACUCAUAAUGCAUAUGACAAUGAGUGAGAAUUGUCAAUUUUUAACUGCUGACAGUCAUGAAAGAUAUGGCCAUAGUGAUGAGCAUCAAAGCAGUACCUUGUUGGAUAGCGAGCCAGAAGUUUCUGUCACACAGUACAGUGAGCAGUCGUCAUGUAAGGAAACUUGGAAAGUGUCAAAGAAGCCCUCUAACGACAUGUGUAACACACACAUGACAAAUGAUAGAGAGGAAAAAGGUAAUUAUGGAACUUCGUCUAUAGCUGUUAAUGUCAGUGCCCAGGCUGAUCUACUUACUGCAAACAGAACUGACAGAUGUGGUAUUUGUGGCAAAUUGUGUGCUAGGUCAGGUGAUCUCAAGAGACAUUGUUACAUUCAUACCGGGAAAAAGCUUCACAAAUGUGAUAUUUGUGACAAAUGGUUUGCCCGGUCAGGUAAUCUAAAGGCACAUAUGUUAAUUCACACUGGAAAGAAACCGCACAAAUGUGAGAUUUGUGGGAAAUCUUUCACGGUGUCAGGUAGUCUCAAGAAACACGUAUUACUUCACACUGGAAAGAAACCUCACAAGUGUGAGAUUUGUGGGAAAUGUUUUGCCUUGGCAAGCAGUCUCAAGAUACACACAUUAAUUCACACUGGAAUUAAACCUCAUACAUGUGAGUUUUGUGGGAAAUCUUUUACUAUGUUAAGUUAUCUCAAGAAACAUGUAUUAACCCACACUGGAAAGAAACCUCACAAAUGUAAAAUUUGUGUGAAAUCUUUUGCUAGGGACCACCAUCUCAAGAGACACAUUUUAAUUCACACUGGAAAGAAACCUCACAAAUGUGAGAUUUGUGGGAAAUCUUUUGCUUGGUCAUAUAAUCUUAAGAUACAUGCAUUAAUUCACACUGGAAAGAAACCUCACAAAUGUGAGAUUUGUGGGAAAUCUUUUGCUAGGUCUGGUGAUCUCAAGCAACAUUCAUUAAUUCACUCUUUAAAGAAACCCCAUAAAUGCGAUAUUUGUGGGACAUCUUUUGCUUUGUCAGGAAAUCUCAGGAAACAUGUAUUAAUUCACAUCGGAAAGAAACCUCACAAAUGUGAGAUUUGCAACAAAUCGUUUGCCCAGUCACGUCAUCUCAAGCAACAUGGAUUAAUUCACACUGGACAGAAACCUCACAAAUGUGAGAUUUGUGGGAAAUCUUUUGCUAGGUCAGGCGUUCUCAAGCAACAUUCAUUAAUUCACUCUGGAAAGAAACCCCAUAAAUGCGAUAUUUGUGGGAAAUCUUUUACUAGGUCAGGUGAUCUCAAGACACACUCAUUAAUUCACACUGAAAAGAAACCCCACAAAUGCGAUAUUUGUGGCAAAUCGUUAGCCACAUCAGGUUCUCUCAAGAGACACACAAUAAUUCACACUGGAAAGAAACCUUACAAAUGUGAGAUUUGUGGGAAAUCUUUUGCCCAUUCAGGUCAUCUCGAGAGUCACAUAUUAAUUCACACUUUAAAGAAACUGCACAAUUGAGAUUUGUGGCAAAUCAUUUGCUAGAUCAGGUGAUCUCAAGACACAUACGUUAGAACACAUUAGGAGGAGAACUCACAAAUGUGAUGUGACAAAAGUUUCAUUCAGGUGGGAACUCUUAAGACACAUGCACUACUUCACAUCAAAAAGAAAUUACGACAAAUAGAUUUUCCUGGUUGGUGCUCUAAAGGCCUAUAAAACAAUGGAUGUGGCAGGGGGACAGUAAAUUGCAUUGCCUGUGAAAUAAAAUUAAAAUGUGGUAGGAUUGUGAAAAAAUGUGCAAUAAUGUGACAAUAUAUAAAUCCGUAUCUGCCACUUUACAUGUCAAGAAAUGGUAAUCCUAAAUACUCCAGAAACAUGAAUCAAAUGUGUUUUUGUCAUUAGCACUGCUGCUUUUUCCUAUAGAUUUUGAGACAAGAAGAUUGUGAAUUCUGAUAAAUCCUUAAAUUUGUCAGUAAUCAUAAGUACUAUGCAAUAUUCAGUAUAAGGCCAAGGUAAUGUGAUGACUUGCUGUUUAUUAUUCCAAACAAAGUCAUCAUGUAGUACUUGUAUCUAUGUAUUUUAGAAACAGUGACAGUAAAAAUAUAUUCAUGGCACUUGCUUCAUUCAGACUGGUAACCUCAAAACUGGAGAAACACAAUUAUAAUAAUUGUUUUACUUGGAUAUGUUUUCUCAAGGGAUUUGCUGUGUCAUUAAUAGUGUGUACAUUUAUGUUCUGUUAGUACUAAUCCUGCAUAAGUACACGUAACAGCAAAUAUAGCAACCUGCUUAAUAGCAUGUUUGUCCACUGUUGGAACACAGUACUUGACACAUCAUUUACAUGUUUCUGGGUUUAUGUUGCACCAGUUGUAUUCCACACAUUGAGAUCAGCUAAAUGGUGUGGUCAAGACAUCGGUGUUAGUUACCAUGCUACUCAGACCAAUGUGGAGUUGUUCUGCACAUGUGACAUGGACAAUUAUCCUGCUGAAAGAUACCUUCAGCAUGGGAGAGCUCACCAGGAAUGCAGUUGCAAUAAAGGUCACAUAGUCUGCAACUAUCAUGAUGCCUUCUAUUACUACCAAAUGUCCCAAAGGAGCCAAAGUGACUGCCCCCAUAGCAUAAUGCACCCUCCAUCUGGCGCCAUUCACCUAUAUAGCAUAUCUGGAUGUACAACUGACCUGGUGUAACAGGAAAUGUCACCCAUCCUGGCAGUUGAUGUUUGCAUUGACCUUCAUUCUAACCUCAGUGAUCCCUUGCCCACUGCAGUUGCAAUUGAACAUUUUGGUGGAUCGAUAUGGAAACAUACAGAGACCAUAUGUUGUAGAGCCCCAUGUUCAACAAUGUACAUGUACAUUGAAUUGUCUGUUCAAAAACGUGUACGGCUGCUCUAGCAUUGUUAUCCCUCAUUAGAUAUGCCACACAUUGCCUCAUGUCCAGCUUUACAGAGCAGGCAAGCAUCUGACUUCCAUGAUUGGUGUUGAAGUGUAUAUGUAUUACAUCUUUUCAUAAGGUUAUGAAUUUAUCACCUUUCAGCCACUUCCACAGAUGUUCACAACAGUAGCAUAGAUCUAGCCAACCAGCUUCACCACUUUUGAGCUGCUAGUUCCCAACUGCCAUGCCAUUGUAACUUCACGUUUGCUAAAGUCACUUAUGUCAUUGGAUUUACAUGUUUGCAACCCAUUUAACUGGUAGAACAAUUCCUUGUAAAUCUCUGAUCUGCUUAUAUACUUGUAAUCUGCUCACUGCAUCAUGUGCAUACAUGUGGCGUUCAUUCUCCUCAUGGGCAGUGUUCAUGACAUUUUUGCCCAUCAGUGCAUCUUCACGUAAAUCAGUCAGAUGCGAAACUGUAAUUUAAGAAAUUCAUCAUGCUUGGUUGCCAUUUACACCAGUGCACAAUAGCUGUAUUUUUUU